AUGGAUGAGUGUGGGCAGUGUUGGUGGUCCUCGACCCGGCUCCCCCUCAGAUUCCUCAUCAAGCCAAUGAUGAAGCUCGGAGACAUGCACCAAUCCCCCUCAUCCUCCUCAUCCUCAAUGAACAGCCAAACUAAACGGCUCAACUUUGGCGGAAAGGCCGUCGUCCAUUCCCAUGGCAUUGACUUCUCUAAUGGUUCCUCUUUCUUUAUCAAAAUGAACAAACUGACUCUCAUGGAAGAAUUGGGUAAAGGUAAUUACGGUACCGUCCAGAAAGUCUUCCAUAAAUCCACCAAGGUGGUCAUGGCUAUGAAAGAGUGCCCAGCGGGGGGAAUUGCUAGGCCCCAAUGA